CUUAAAUUUUGGGUGUUGAGCUCUCUUAUCCGGUCUUUAUCCAGUUUUGGAUCCGGUUCCGAAUGGUUUUUUACCUCAAAUCUAAGCCCAAAGAUUGGAUUGUUUACUAUCCGGUCAUGGUCCGGGUUAUACGGUCCGAUUUCGGGUAAAACCAAAAAACCCGGACCAAAUAGCCAGCCCUAAAAACUACACAACAAAUGGCUAGAACUUAAACUAGACAUCUAAACCUAAACGAAUUGGUAUUUUUAUGAACACUUAACCCAUAAUGUUCUAAAAUUUCUAAAUAAGCCAACUCAGCUAGUUGAGAUCGACGAACCAUUGAAUCGAGCUACCUCACAAGCAUGACAAACUGAACAUGAUCUAUCUCAAGAUUAUCUCAUUUAGUAAUGAGCUGGUUUGCGAGUAAGAUCGUCAAAUUAUAAGUAGAGUGUUGAAUGGAUUUUUCCAGAUUCGAAUGUUGAGUUUCUCGUGAGCAACUUUGUUUAUUUGCACCUCUAAGUAUGAGUAAACAUAAUGGUAGUUGUAAUAUGUUUUUAUCCUAGAAGAAGCCUCUUACUCAUGAGUAGCAAUUAAGUACCCUAGGUAGAUCGGUCCCGCACUACACAACUUUCAAAAAAUCGUCUACUCUAGAUUGAGGUACUCAUCAAUCCAUAAUUUGAUCUAAACCAUUUUACCUAACAUGUUUGACUUGUUUUGAAGUGGAGUGGACGAUCAUGGGUACUCUUCUCGACCUGACAUGUCAUGCCACGAUCUCUCCUAUUUUUUUUAUACCUAUUUUUGCCUAAAUUACAUGCAAUUUUCCUCCCAAAAUACUUAGGAUAUUACUUUUAUUGCACCACCAUAUUUUAGCUACAAUGAAGUUGUAAAUAGGUGAGAAUCUCAAUUUUUAAAAAAUUUAAUUAUUAAAUUUAUCAUAUUAUAGUUUGCUUCUUAGACUUUUAAUGAAAAAUGAAUAUUUCUAAUGUUUCUCUUUUAAAUUACAUAUUCAUAUGGAUCGAUUUUUCGCGACUCAUACCCUAAAAUAAGUUAUCCGAUGUGAUCGGUAUCAACUGGCAUAUUCAUGGCGAAACCGUCUCCGGAGAAGAUGAGCUCGGGAUCGGUAUCAACUGGCAUAUUCAUGGCUGAUGGGUUUUCGCAAACUCGUCGGCCAAGAUUCGAAGGUGUGCAUUACGGCUACUGGAAAAAUCGGAUGGAGCUCUUCAUCUGCUCAACAGAUCCGGAUUUAUGGGAUAUAGUGUUGGAUGGACCGUUGGAAGUAAAGGAAGCACGAGGCAAAUGGACAUAUACAGAUAAGAAGAAUUUUCAACUCAACUCGAAGGCAACAAACUUGAUGUACUGCGCCUUGGGACCAGAGGAAUAUCACAGAGUAACUGGCUGCAAAUCGGCAAAAGAAAUUUGGGACAAGCUACAAAUUUCACAUGAAGGUACAUCCCAUGUCAAGAUCUCAAGGAUAAACAGUUUGAAACAAGAAUUCGAAUCGUUCAUCAUGAAGCCUGAUGAAUCAAUUAGGGAAAUGAACGAACGAUUCACUACCAUUGUAAACAGCCUGAGAAACCUGGAGGUGGAGUAUGCGAGUGCUGAUUUGGUUCGGAAGGUGCUCUGGGCACUACCUAAAGAGUGGACACCUAAGGUAAUUGCUAUUGAAGGAUCCAAGGAUCUCACCAAGCUAAGCCUGGACGAGCUCAUUGGCUCUCUGGUUACACAUGAGGAGAAACUAAGGAGAGAAGAACUGGAAGAACCAAAAAGAGAAAAGAAAGGUAUUGCUUUCAAAGCUACAUCGCAACAAGAAGAACUGGAGUGACUUGAAGAGAUGGAAGAUGAAGAGCUAGCUAUGCUUAGCAAACACGUUGCCAAGCUCCUGAAAAUGAGAAGAGAGAAGAAGAGAGGAAACUUUCAAAGUCGAUCAGGGAAGGAUACAAUGAUAGAAAGCCUGGCAAGGGAAAUAGACAUAUGUUUCGGAACAAAAGAGAAGGGAGCCAGCACCAAUCGACCUCAAAGUCAAGUCGGCUGCUUCAAAGGUGCGAAGUCAGGGCAUAUUAAAGUUGAAUGCCUCUUAGCCAAAAAGGAGAAAGCCUAUACUACUUGGAGCUGCAGCGAGGAGGAUGACGACGAGGAUGAAUCCAGUCAGAGGUUUAGUGCAUGUAUGGCAGUUGAAGAAAUCGAUUAUGAGGAAUCUCAGGUAAGAUCUUACUACUCUGACUCGUAUAAUGAAUAUGAUCAACUAGAAGAAACCAUAAAAGAUAUUCAAAAAGAAAUUGUGAAUGUCAAGCAAAAUCACAUCUUAAUUAAAGCAAAAUAUGAAGCUUUAGAAACUGAGUUUGAACUAUUAAGAAUUGGAAAGCUUAGAAGAACUACUCAGAAAAAUGAAAGAUGAAAACUCAAUGCUGAAGGGGCAAAACCAGGAGGUUAAUAAUAAGUUAACUAGGAUUAUAAAAAAAAUAAAGUUCACUCAGUCUGAAAAUAGGCUGUAUGGCAAACACUCUGAGUGCUUUUACUGUCAUAAAACAGGUCAUUAUAUUGCACACUGUAAGAAAAGAAUAAGCAAAGAAAGUAAAAGAAAAUCUAUGUGCAAUCAUGGUGUAGAACCGCAUUAUAAACCUUUUAGCAAUGAUUUUCGAUCCUGGAGAGUAUCUAAGCUUGUUUGGAUACCUAAAACUAAAUAGUCAUAUAUGUUUAUAUGCAGACCUGUCCCCAAGUGAGCAUGGAGGGCAGUGUGUGGAUUCUAGACAGUGGUUGCUCACAUCACAUGACGGGUAAUAAAAAGCUUUUUACAAAACUAACUCUAGAAAACAAGGGAAAAGGUUUCUUUGGAGAUAACUUUAGUACUAAAAUCUUAGGAACCUUCUAUAAGCAAUGUUUUGCUUGUAAAGGACUUAAAACACAAUCUUUCGUCUAUAAGACAUAUGUGUGGUAGUGAAAACAGAGUCAUCUUUGAACAGAAUAAGUGUUAUGUGGAAAA